AUGUCGAUGAGCAAGGCCCCCGAUGCUAUAUCCGCUCAUGGCUCGUCCACCAAAGAGGACCAUAUCGAGCACCUUGAGUCGUAUACUGGCGACGGCGUCGUCACCAUCCAUCCCAACUGGUGGUCAAAAUAUCGCUUGAUACUGAGAGAAUACAUGGCCGAAUUUCUAGGUGUCUGUAUCCUCGUCAUAUUUGGCACUGGAGUCGACUGUCAAGUUGUGUUGGCCACCUCGACGGCUGUUGCUUCAAGCGGCAGAGGUGAAUAUCUAUCUAUCAACGUAGGAUGGGGAGUCGGAACAGCGAUGGGUGUGUGGGUCUCCGGGGGCUAUUCUGGAGGACACAUUAACCCAGCCGUCACCCUGGCACUGGCAACAUGGCGCGGUUUCCCUUGGAAGAAAGUUCCGGGCUACAUCUUUGCUCAAACUAUGGGCGGCCUGGUUGGCGCAGCACUCGUUUACGCGAAUUAUUAUCAUGGCCCGAUUCAGAGCGCAUUUGAAGGCGGCGAUGACAUCCGAACCCUUAGCACCGCUAGCCUCUUUUCUACUUACGCGCUCCCAUACAUGACGAAUGUCUCGUGUUUCUUCUCCGAGUUUUUGGCUACUGCAGUUCUUUUGGUCAUGGUCCUUGCUGUCGGAGACAGCAACAACCUUCCGCCUCCCAGUGGUCUCGCGCCUCUUUUCCUGUUCGUCCUCAUUUUGGGCAUUGGCGCCUCGCUUGGCAUGGAAACUGGUUAUGCCAUCAACCCUGCGCGUGAUUUAGGUCCCAGACUCUUCACUUCAAUGGCGGGCUAUGGAAGAGCCGUUUACACAUACCGGAAUCAUUACUGGCUCUGGUGUCCCGUCCUCGCCCCCAUUUUCGGCGCUCAAUUCGGCUGCGCCUUUUACGACAUUUUCCUUUAUUCCGGUGACGAAAGCCCCGUUAACAAGCCAAAUGCUACUGCUCGCGCCCAUCAUGAACAUGCGGCCCAUGCUAUGCGGAGAAAUAUUCCCGCAGGCCAUGAGCAGAUGGCACUCAACUUGAACUAUGCCGCGCACACUUACCUGGCUUUAACUCUCCCCCCAUCUUCAUCAUACUUGCAAACACCCUCAACGCUUGCUCAAAUACAUCCGGCGGCAGCAUAUGUGGGGCAAGUUGGCGCAAUGGCUGACGUGCAGCUCGUCAGCAUUCCCAAGGCCCAAUGGGAGUCUUCUGAAGCGGCCCGUACGGAAAUAAUGGAAGCUUUCACAGCAGUUGGUAGGGUCGAUGUGCAGGAACCAAAGCAGCGAGCAAAGAGAGACGAAUUGUAA